AUGUAUGGAAAGCCAGAGAACAACUCAGAAUUCAUUCUUUUGGGACUUUCUGAUGAUUGGAACACGCAAAUAUUUUGCUUUGUGCUCUUCUUAUUCUGUUAUGUUUCCCUGCUGGUAGGAAACAUUCUCAUCCUUGUCUCCAUUCUGUGCAGCCCUCUCUUUUACCAACCGAUGUACUAUUUCCUCAGCCACUUGUCCUCUAUGGACAUCUGCUAUACCUCUACUGUUACUCCCAAAUUAAUCGGCGACCUGCUAGAGGGAACAAAAACCAUUUCCUAUGGUAAUUGCAUGUUCCAGGUUUUUGCCAUGCACUUCUUCGGAAUUACUGAGGUCUUCAUUCUUACUGUCAUGGCCUUUGAUCGCUACGUUGCCAUCUGCAAACCUCUCCAGUACAUGAUUAUCAUGAGCGGGACAAAAUGCAAUCUCUUAGUACUGGCUGCUUGGGCUGGUGGAACUGUCCAUUCCUUUUUUCAAUUAUCUAUGACACUCCAGUUGUCCUUUUGCGGUCCUUACAAGAUUGAUCACUAUUUUUGUGAUAUCUUCCCUUUGCUAAAAAUUGCUUGCACUGACACCUACAUAACUGGUGUCCUUGUGGUUGCCAGUUCAGGUAUGGUUGCCCUAGUUACCUUUGUUGUCUUAUUUCUUUCUUAUGUCAUUAUAUUAUUCACUUUAAGAAAUCAAUCAGCUGAGGGAAGACGCAAAGCCCUCUCUACCUGCGGGUCUCAUGUCACUGUAGUUGUCUUAUUUUUUGGGCCUUCUGUAUUUGCCUACCUUAGACCUCCUACCACUUUCCCUGAGGAUAAAGUAUUUGCACUUUUUUACACAAUCAUUGCUCCUAUGUUCAAUCCCUUAAUAUAUACUCUAAGAAAUACAAAGAUGAAAAAUGUCAUGAGAAAACUGUGGUGUCAAACAUUGUUUUUGAAGGAAGCACACAAUUAUUAA